AUGUCGCUCCAAGUAAGAUGGCCCGACGUGUCCGGCACCAAGCAGAAGGCGCUGGAAGAUGCAAAGAAGAUGCAGAAUGCCGUCGUCGAGAGCUGCUCCAAGGCCGGCAAGCAAGCCCCGCAGUAUGAGCUUCAAGAGCUCGUUGGCAAGGGCAGCUUUGGGCGGGUGUAUAGGGCGACGGCCAUCGGGACCGGCCAGCUGGUUGCCGUCAAGAUCAUCGACAUCGAGGAGAGCGACACUGUCAACCCCAAGCUGGCCGACACUUACACCGACCUGCUCAAGGAGAUCAACGCCCUGCAGCUGCUGAGCGACAGCGGGGCCAGGAACAUCAACCAUGUCAUCGAGGCCCUGCCCGUCGGACAGUCCAUGUGGAUGGUGACGGAGUACUGCGCCGGCGGCAGCGUUGCGACUCUGAUGCGCCCAACGGCUCCCGGUGGGCUGCUGGAGAAAUGGAUCAUUCCCAUUGUGCGCGAGGUGGCCGAGGCCAUUCACUGGGUUCACGGCCAGGGCAUCAUCCAUCGCGAUCUCAAGUGCGCCAACGUGCUCAUUACCGAGACGGGCAAUGUUCAGCUGUGUGAUUUUGGCGUUGCGGGCGUUAUUGAAACAAAGUUUGACAAACGGUCGACAUUUAUUGGGACUCCGCAUUGGAUGGCGCCGGAAUUGUUUGAUAAGGAGGCGUCUUAUGGGACCGAGGUCGAUAUAUGGGCGUUUGGCGCCAUGGUGUAUGAAAUUGCGUCUGGCUUGCCGCCCAACGUCACCGCUGGGAUUGACUUUUCGAGAUUGGGCUCGCAUCUAAAACACCACACGCCUCGGCUGGAGGGCGACCAGUAUUCGGCGGGCUUGAGAGAUUUGGUCUCGUAUUGCCUUCAGCACGAUGUUGCAAAACGACCGACGAUUGAGCAGGUGCAGCUCCAUAGAUAUGUCCGUAAUACGGAGGAAUCGCAUCCAACGUCUUCACUUGUCCAUCUUGUCCGAGCCUUCAAACUUUGGGAGGCACAAGGAGGAGAUCGCAGGUCGCUCUUCUCUGCUGGUGGCGCCCAAGGCCUGGCUGAUCUCCAAAUUGCAAUCUCCAAUGACGAGUGGAACUUUAGCACAACCGCAGCAUUUGACCAGCAGGUCUUGGACCAGGGAGAUGCCCAGGACGUCUACGACGUGUACGGAUCAAAGGUGGAUUUCAGCCCAGAGGGCUAUGAUGAGACUUCGCGUCCACAGAAGCCCAAGUCGCGGAGAAGGCCGCCACCACACCUGCCGUCGGUCAAGGCACCUCUGGAAAAGAUUUUUGACCCUAAUACCAUAUCAACGUAUGAAGAAAAUUCCAGAGCAUACUAUAGUCAGCUUUUCCAGGCCCCUAUAUCAGAUCUUCCCCUUCGAGACGAGGCUUCACAGCCUUCUGACGUACGGGAAUCAUUAAUUGAUCUGGAUGUAUCGCUGCACGGCGGAGAGCUCUCGCAGUAUGUCGACAUGGACACCAUCAAGCCCAGCGACUCACAAGCGUCGUUUGACUACGACUUUGAUGAUACGAGCUUCUCCAGGGCGCCAAUGAGCGACCCAAUUGACCUCAAAGAUAACAGGCGCACUCAGGACUGGAAAUUUCCUUCAAUGGCGGCUCCUGCGACAAUAAAUCCGGAGGAAUUCAAGUUCCCGCCGCUCACUACCACGCUCCCCCCACCUGAUGAUGACCGGCCCUCACUUCUUCAUCACACUACCGAACCGUAUCAGCACUCUUCUAGUUUCGGCGAACUUGCGCCGACCCCUUCAGUUGACCAUCGAGCUUCAGUUGGCAGCUUGAUAGAUCUCGAUAUGAGCUUCGCCGAUUCAUCAACAGACUUGACCCGGCCCUCCACAUCCUAUUCAGAUGUUGGUUCCAUUAGCGGUUCAGAGAUUGGUGGUACCAAUCCUUUUGAGCUGGAAAAACAUGCCUCGCUCUAUGUGAUGAAUGCUACAAACCGCGAGCCGUCCAUCUACAUUUCAGAUGACUCCGAAUACUCGCACGUGCUUGCAAGCAUCCCAGAUCUCUCCUUGGAUGAAGGAUCAAAACACGACGAAUCCCACAUCAGCAGAGAGAGCAAUGUCUCAGCGUUCAGUGAAGGUCGACCAUAUUCUCUGAGCGACUUUGCUGACAUGGACCCCGAACUGCCACCAGAGCCAACUCCCGCUCCAAGCACACCGCAGUAUCCGCCAUCGUUGCGAGACUACUCUCCGCGCAGUCGGUCUCCGCAUAGCCAGUCUCCUCCUGUGCAGCGUCCCCGGCCACCCUUGCGCAACCUCGAUUCAUCUCUCCCGCCUCUCCCGGCAACACCUUCGUCAAAAGUCAUGCUUGGCCAAGCUUCGCCCGAAGAGAUACGAAAAGAGCUACGGCGCAUGGCCAUGAGCCUUGGAGAUCAUUUGACCUAUGUCAACUCGUACAUCUCUACCCUGCCGGUUAGAAGAAAGAGUAUACACUAUUCGCUAGAUCCAGAUGGAGGUGCGAUUUGAGGUUCAUGGUGUAUGGUGAUGCAACCAAUCGAUUUCCCUCGAAGAAGAGAGAAAUAAGGAAACAAAACAAGAAAAGUAAUUGUAUGCUAGAGACAUGAUUUAUUUACCCUUUUGGAAGGAUGUAUAUUAGAUGGUACUUAUUUGCUUUACGGUUGAACAAAAAAAGCGUAUUCCUUUGCUGCAAUUGGAAAUUUCAUGAAAGAUACCACACUAAACGUUCCAUGCUAAAGUCUUGAUGUAUAUCUUGUUGCAUCUCGCUAAUGCAAUGCGUGCUCUCAUCGUAUAUUUGCACCCUUUCAUCAGAAACCAAUCAUAUUGCCCAAUAAUAGAGCCUGG